AUGAGGCACGCAUUGUUGCCCGAGCUCCAGCGCGAGGUGCACCUCGAAAUGCUCACAGCUUGCGGCGACAGCGUGACUUCGCAGUGGGCGGUCUGUCUGUGGGUGAUGUUCUGCAGCCGCCCGCGCGGCAAGCGGCGAAUGACCAUUCCAAGCAUCGAAGCAGAGCCCGACAGGAGGCACACGGCCUGCAGCGCGGCCCGCACGGGGCCCGCGCCCACGCCCGCGGCGGCGGCGGAGGCGCCCCUGGAGCCGGAGCGGUGGGCCGCCUUCCUGGAGCGCAACGGCGCGAUGGAGCAGCGCAGGCGGGAGAGCGCGCAGGCGCUGCAGGGGCCGCCCGCGCCGACGGCGCCGCAGCCCGGCGCCGGCGGCCCGCCCGUCGCGCCGGACGGGGUGUACAAGAGGAUCGCGGGCCAGAAGUCGGAGAAGGAGCUGCUCCUCGAGCACCUGAGGAGGCAGAAGGACGAGGAGGAGCUCGCGCCCUGCACCUUCGCGCCGCAGCUCAUCUCCAAGGGCCCGCACGACAAGAGCCCCGGCGGCGCCGCCACGCUCUACGAGCGCGCGCAGAAGCGGGAGCAGCGCCGGGCGGAGCGGGAGCGGCUGGCGCGCAGCGAGCGGGAGCUCCGCGAGGCCGAGGAGUGCCGCUUCCAGCCCGAGUUCUUCACGAAGCCGGGGCGCGCCCAGGUGGCCGCGCCCGAGCCGCUCACGCCCCGCUCCUCCGCGGCGGCGGCGCGGCGGUCCGCUCCCCCCCCCGGCGCGCAGAGCAUGGCCGUG